GUUGUACAGCAUGACAAAAGACAUCGCCUUCAACUCCAGGGACAAGUUUCACUCAGAGUUUCAGUUCCUGUGGAUGCCGGAAGUGGAGACGGUAAACAGUAUCGCCAUGUCCUUCCUGGCCACGCCCGCCCUGAUGGUGCUGGAGAGUGAGCGACAGUUGUACUACCUGGCCCCAUUACCGGACAACCUCACGCGACCCAUGCUCCAAGACUUCCUCAUGAGGGUGGCCGAGGGAAAGGAACCGGCCUUUGGAGGAACUGGCUUCUCCAUGAGAAUCCGGCGGAUUUUCUACGACUUGAUCUCCACAGUCCUGAGCAUCUGGCAGGCGUCUCGCUGGCUGUUCCUGCUGAUGUUUGGCCUCCCCACCAUCAUCAUCUCCGUCAUCUGCUACAGCCUGUGCUGCAUGGAGACCAUCGACGACAUUCCUGACGACGAGGACGAUGAAGAUGACGAGGACAGAGAACUCUACGACAGACAACACCCUCCUCUGCCUGCAGGCGAAAGUGACCUACCCUCAUAUGAUGAAGUCCAGGCAGCUGGCGGGGAUCACAAGACCAGCGAAGACAAGAAGAACGAGUAGAUAGAUAGAGAGAUAGACAGAUAGGUAGAUAGGUAGAUCUAUCGAUAGAUAGA